AUGAAGGCUGGAGUAGCUGCCCUCGCAGCCGGGAUCCUCGGCGGCACCGGCGUGUUGCUCUUCCUCAUCGCUUUCGGGACGGAUUACUGGCUUCUAGCUACGGAGACCUGCGGCGUCUUCGAGCAUGGGAACAGCACUCUGCGGACCGGGGAGGCUGAAACGCCGGCAGAGGUCAGGAAGGAGAUCCUCACUUUUCAUCACGAGGGCUUCUUCUGGCGGUGCUGGUUCUUUGGCGAGGGCCACCCGGAGACCAUCUGGACCUUCUGGUACACCAGCCAAGCACACCCCAAGUUCUGCAUGCAUGGCUACCUCUUUCCCAUGCCCGUUGCUCUCGGACCUUUCCCCCACCCUUCCUACGACACGACCGCAGUGUACAGAGGCUUCUGGACGCAUCCCCACUCGUGUGGCACGCACGAGCGUGCUCGCACCGUCCCGCAGCCGCGGGAUCGCUGUGGCCGUGGGCCGUUUCCAGCAGGCAAAGGCAGCACAAAGCCUCUCCUGUGCUUUCAGAGCCGUGUCGUGGUCCUGCGAGAGGAGCACAGCGUGUGCUCAGACCAACCUGUUCUUCAGCGAGGCUUAUUUCUCCUGCUCAUAUUUCUCUUUGUGAUGUGGAAGGAGUUCGUCGCUGAUUUUCAGAAGUACAUCCUUCUGGAGAGAAGUGAGAAGUGCAUGGACGACGUACCCGUGCACGUGUAUUACGGGUGGUCAUUCAUGUUCGCCGCGGCGGGGGUGCCCCUGGUUUUACUAUCCGGACUCCUCUUCUACCUGGUCGGCAGAGACAUUAUGAAGUCCUUGGAGUAA